AUGCCGCUCUCCAAAGACCAGGUCUUCCGAUUGAUGUGCCCUGGUGACUGCACACCAGAGUGGCAGGAAUCCUUUGAAAAUGCGCGCAUCGACCAGAUAGGCUGUACGUUUUUGGAAGAUCCAUCUACGACCAUGUGGAUGGAUGGAUCUGGGUUACAGAUUCUUUGGGGACACGGUCUAUCUAGCUCCGGAAAGACGUUUAUAGCCUCUAAGCUUGUCGACCAUAUUAACCUGAAACAAAAACGUCGUGAAGGUCACCAAGCAACAGCGAUCUAUUUCUUUGAUCCUAACCUGUCUCAAUACACCGUUGAUGACUUUGAAAGUUCGAUUUGCUCCAUUGCCAGGCAGCUGGCUGCUCAACUGCCCACGUCAUCGACUGGGGUCCUUGACCAGAUCUCGGAAACGACUGAGUUCUACCCUUUGACAGAUGGAUACGAAGAUUCCGCCAAAAUAUUCCAUGACAUGCUUUCUACUUUUGAUCAUCUAUAUCUCGUGUUGGAUGGUAUCAAUGCGUCCGACCAGGUUGUUCUCGCUCUACUUGAUUUUCUCAGCGGAGGUGAACCCCAUGGAAGAAAUAUGCAUAUUCUUUUCACAAGUCGAAACCCGCCUCCUAAUAUUCAGGCCACCUACGGCAUGUCGGUUGUGCAAGUCAGAGUAACGGAAGAAGACCUGCAACGUUUUAUUCUACAUGAAGCGGGAAUGGAUGGAUCCGAAAUUCAGAGAUCCGGAAAUGAGGAUACUUUCCAGACGGCACUCACGGAUAUUUUGAGGCUCACAGAUUUCUGCUUCCCGCCGUUACCUCUGUAUAGAGGUAUGGACCCAGCUGCCCUACUCGCGACGUUGUCCAACGCACAUGAAAACGCGUCGAAAAUGCCUGCCGGCUCUGAAACUACGGCAUUGAGCCAGUUCACAAUGUUACAAAUAAGCAAAGUCUACGGUCUGCUUGCUUCCCGAGUCCUCCACCUAGUAGCCAAACUUGAGCACCUUAAAUACCCCAAAACAGCUACAGUCAUCACUGAUAUGAUUCGAGUAUUGGGAGCAACUCGCGCAAACGGUACCUUCUAUACAGUCUCUGAUAUCAUUGAGUCAUGUCGGGGAUUUAUCAUCGUCAGUCACAAAGAUUUGGAGAUAAAAGUCAAGUCACCUUUCUUAGAAAAUUAUCUUCUUGGAGAGACCUGCGAGGGCAAAAUGAACGGCGACCUGGUUCAAGCCUCUCUCAAAUAUUUGUGUGGCGAGAAUUUUCGAUUAGGCCCGUGUAAAACCGCGGCAGAUAUGGAGCAACGUUUCCAGAAAUACCCAUUCUUGCCCUGCGCCUCUCGAAUCGUCUCAGCAUGUAUACCCACGCAGUCAGAUGUCGAUAGCAUUUUAGAUCAAUUCUUUCAACUCGCGUCAGACCCCAGAAUUUUCGAGACUUACUUGCAAGCGGCGCAAUCCUGGCCAUAUAGAGACAAAGCCAGCUACGCAGAACUCGAGGCCAGCGAGCCUAAGUGGAGACCUAUGAAGCCCGGUAUUACAGUCCUCCACCUUGCCGUGAUUUAUAAAUGGGGGAAAAAUUUCGUCGAGGGGAUCCUUCGACGCGGUGUCGACAUAGACGCUGUUACGACCACGGGAUUGACAGCACUGCACCUUGCUAUAGAGGUUCAAUCCCAGACAAAGAUCGUUCAGGUUCUUCUUAGGAGCGGAGCCGAGGUGUCAGCAAUUGACCAAGACGGAAACACCCCAUUGUCGAGAGCUGUUGUCGUUGGAAGCCUGGGGACUGUGAAAUUGCUUGUUCGGCACGGAGCGCCUGUCGAUGACCUUUGCGAGGAUAUUCUAGUUGAGUGUUCUGUCUCGCAACCGGAGAUUUGGAAAUAUUUGACCGAACUCGGAGUCAGUUUGCCCGAUAUCCCAACGGAGUGGGAGUCCAGUCACCGGAUGUGA